AUGGCCGAACCACAGACAAUUCCCGCACGCCACGGCGUGGCUACUUUUGUUCCAGCAGGGCAAGUGAUCAAGAUUAUCAACACCUCAGGCACUCAGGUCAUCGACACGUGGGCGUUUGCAUUGCCCAAGCCGGAGCCAAAGAAGGAAAAUGAACAGCAAGAGCAGGAGUCCAAGGAGGAGAAAGGUGAAGAAGCCAAGCCAAGCAAUGCGACACCAAAGAAGAAGCAAGGAUCAGAUCUGCCCAGCCAACAAGAUGCCGAAAAGGCCACUGGAGAGGCCGAAGUCCAGGAAGCAGAGGAUAACACGCCGAAGAAGAGCACUUGGAGCUCUUAUGUUCCAUCCCUUGGUCUGGGCGGCGGCAAGAAGACUGAUGGCAAAGAACAGCCAAAAGGCGAUAAGAACGAAACCGAGCAGCAGAAGAAUUCCAGGACGUGGUCAUCGUAUUUCACAGCCGGGCAGGGCUUCAGCUCUUACAUACCCAAACAAGCGACCGAUACUGUCACUCAGUUUACGGCAAUGGUGAGGGAGACCAGUGCUCGCCAUGAGACAUUCUGCUGACAGCCUUCGCAGCACGAACGGGAUGCGAAGAAAGGCUAUUUGGAACAGCUCCAAGACCUCUCCAAAACUCCAGUAGGAGCAGCAGGUUAUUCAGGUAACAAUCCAGCUUUGCAGCUUCAUAAACUAACCAGGCUUACUCAGGCAUGGCAGCAAUCACCGGUUCUGGCUAUGCAGGCUCUCUCUACGCAGGCUACCAGGCUUGGAACGCGAAGUACGCCGCCAAUGCCGUUCCCAUGGAAUUCAUGAGCAUGUCACACAGUCGUGCCGCGAGUCUCCACAUGAUUCCUCAGGUCGACGAUACUCUGGUCACCAACCUACGUGAGCCGAUUCUUACUCUCAUUGAGGAUAAGUCACCUGGCAUCCACGAUACUCUCAUUGCCGCUUGUGAUCCCGCAAGGUAUAAAGGACUCGGUGUCGCGAAAUGGGAAGAGCAUGGGUCUUGCGCCGAGAAUCUCGUUCUCGCGCUAAAAGAGUUGAACGAAAGAGCGGGUCUGAAGGGCGCGAAGGCUGUCGGUGCAGACAUUACUGUCAACACCGCUCCAGCACCUUUGAACCUGUUCAUGAACAUUCCGUGGGACGACGAUGGCGAUAUUGGUUUCAAGUCGCCCAAGUCGAAGUCUGGGGAUUACGUCCGUCUCCGAGCGGAGCGAGACACCGUCGUGGUCAUGAGUGCCUGCCCGCAAGAUAUCCUGGACAUUAACAACAAGAAGCCUACCGAUGCGAAUUUCAUUGUCGAAGCUGGUGAAGACACGACUUCUGCGCUCAAACGAACAGCACAGCCCAAGAAGAAGGCACCGCCUCCGCGCAAGGCUCCUCCACCAGCUAAAAAGCCUUCAACAACGGCUCCAGCUACAUCGGGUGCGAAACCACCAGCAACUGCACCGCCCAAGAAGAAGCCAAUUCCCGCACCCGCGAAGACUCCAGAGUCAGCCGAGCAAGGAGCUCAGCCAGCGAAGAAAGCGCCGCAACCCGUCAAGUCGGCAGCACCAUCAUCAACGCCCGCCGCGAAACCCGUGAAGAAGCCCCCUCCUCCGGCUUCAAAUACCACAGCUGGGGACGCAAAGCCACCAGUCAAGAAGACCCCCCGUAAGAUUUCAAGGCCAGCAGCUGCGGCUGGCGGAGAGACAUAG